AGAGGCAGAGAGAGUGAGAGAGAGGGAGGGAGAUUAUGGAAUGCUGUGAUGUCAUCAGCCCAGUCAUACACACACACAAAGACAAGGAGGACCCACGGGCUCUGACUCUCUCAGCUUAGUUAGCAUUCUCUGCUGUGGAGCGGCUGUCUACAUCCCACUAUAUUCCAAUGAUGACCUCCAAAGACUAAGGAUACUAACACCUUAGUGGGGUGGGGACACUGUCAGCACAUCACUGAAAGGAAACUGGAUUUUGAGUGUGUGUGUGUGUGUGUGUGUGUGUGUGUGAGUGUGUGUGUCUGAGUGUGUGGUGUGUGUGUGUGUGUGAGUGUGUGCGUGUGUGUGUGUGAGAGAUUGUACCUUAUGUUCAAAAGCUCGUGUGUAAGGAUGAACAUGCGCCUUGAUUCAUGAAGAGGAGUUUAAAUAAGAGCGAUUUCUGGAUAAAGAAGCUGUGAAAGUCUUCUUCUGAUGACAUGAGACUAUAAACCAACACUGUCCACCUCAAGAAGCUGCUGGCCAAAGGACAGCGCCCCCUAUCUCCAACCGCUUGGCCAGGUGGUGCAGAGUUAACCCACCAUUCAGCUGCCAACAUGCUGCAGCAGAUUUUAAAGGACAUGUACAUUGACCCUGAUGUGCUGAAUGCUCUUAAUGAGGACCAGAAAAAGACUCUGUUCCUGAAGAUGCGCCAGGAGCAGGUGCGGCGCUGGAAAGAACGGGAGGAGAAAGUAGAGAGAGAUGGGGGGGAGGCUGAGUGCAAGCGAACAAAGCCAAAAAAAGCCAACAGUAAGAAUGUGAGCUGGCUGCUCGGCCGGGAUGGAGAUGUGGCGGUCAUCGUGAUCGGGGAGGUGGACGAGCUUUGCUCCAAAUUCAUCUCCUCAGGAUUUGUAGAAAAGAAGGCGCAGAGUCUUCAGAACAAUGCAUACCAUCAAACUAUCUUGAAGAGCAGAAAACCCACAGAACCUGUCAUAAGUGAGAGAGAGAACCUCCCUCCCAAAACACAACCUGGAAUUUCACUGAAUUUAAAGGGGAAGUGUGAGGAGACGAGCACGUUACUCCCUCUGCUGGUGUCAGUGAGUGAGCAUUCAUCACCUCCAGCAGCAGAAAAGGCCGAGUUGAAGUCAACCAGUGCGACUGAGGAGAAGUCAGUUCCCCAGCUCUCCAUCUGCUCCAGGCCUCCCAUGAGAGCCAGCCCUGUCAAUGUGAGACCAGCUUCUGCAAAUGCAGCACCAGGCUCUGUCAACACGAUACUCAGCCUCGCAAAUCUGAGGCUGGCCACCGCCGCACCGUCUCCUUCUACCAGCAGCACUGUCAAAAUAGACUCUGGAACAACCAAAGGGGGCCUUCACUCACAGGAACCUCAGAAGCCCCAGGAAUCACAGAGUGGGAAAGAUAUCAGCGCAUCAGGAGCGUCUCGAUGGGCUGCUUCGGAGGAGGCCGGGUCAUCAGGGAGCGCAUCAACCUGCGCAGGGCGUGGCCGGGUGGCUCAGCUGAUGAAAACCUUCAGCGCCGAAAGCACUGCACCCCCCACACAGACCCCCCCUCGCGCCAUCAAGCCUGCUCUCCCCACUAAACCCAGCCACUUGCGUCUAACGACCACGCCUACUGUCAGGUAAUCCUCACACACUGAUGCACAGACGACAGCUUCACGCGUCCCAGUGAUUCAAAUAAAGCCACACUGGACAAUGUCGGGCCCCUAACGUGGAGCCUCAGUCAGUGGGUUUAUGGGACGGAGAACUCCAAAGGUGAAAAAGAUGAAAAUGGUAAUGUUCACAAUGUUGCUAUAGACGGAAUCAGAGUUCCGGGCUUCCGGUGGAAUUGCAAUGCAUGCUGGUGUGGCGAGCGUAGAAAAGUGAGCACCAACUCUACA